CCCACAGAGGAGGAUUUUUCCGAAGUCCUGACCCAGGUUCAUGAGGGCUUCGAGCUGGGCACCUUGGCUGGCCCCGCCUUCGCCCGACUGCGGCGUUCCCUGGGGCUGGCCGAGGAGGACUACCAGGCCGCGCUGGGUCCCGGCCGCCCCUACCUGCAGUUCCUCAGCACCUCCAAGAGCAAGGCCAGCUUCUUUCUGUCCCACGACCAACGCUUCUUCCUGAAGACCCUGCGGAGCCGGGAGGUGCAGGCGCUGCUCGCCCAUCUGCCCCGCUACGUGCAUCACCUGCAGCGACACCCACACUCACUGCUCGCACGGUUGCUGGGAGUGCACAGUCUGCGGGUGGCUCGGGGAAAGAAGAAAUACUUCAUCGUCAUGCAGAGCGUCUUCUACCCCGCCGGCCGCAUCUCUGAGAGGUAUGACAUCAAGGGCUGCGAGGUGAGCCGUUGGGUGGAGCCGGCCCCUGAGGGCAGCCUCCUUGUUCUGGUGCUGAAAGACCUCAACUUUCAGGGCAAGACCAUCAAUUUGGGGCCCCAGCGGAGCUGGUUCCUCCGCCAAAUGGAAUUGGACACUGCCUUCCUCCGGGAGCUCAACGUACUGGAUUACAGCCUCCUGAUGGCCUUCCAGCGUCUUCAUGAGGAUGAGAGGGGCUCAGGCAGUAGCCUUAUCUUCCGCACAGCCAGGUCUAUACGAGGGGCGCAGAGCGCUGAGGAGUCGGGAGCCCAGAACCGCCGGCUGCUGCCCGACGCCCCCAACGCCCUACACAUCGUGGACGGGCCGGAGCAUCGCUAUUUCCUAGGCCUGGUGGACCUCACCACGGUCUAUGGGCUCCGCAAGCGGCUGGAGCAACUGUGGAAGACGCUGCGCUACCCAGGCCGGACCUUCUCAACCGUCAGCCCGGCUUGCUACGCCCGUCGCCUCUGCCAGUGGGUGGAGGCGCACACCGAGUGACCGGCGCCCAGCCGCUCUCUCCCAGUCUGGACAAAUGGGACCACGUUGGGAACGCGGGUUCCAGCCUGGCCCCGGGCAGCUUGUCGGGCUACCCUUGCCUGCCAUUCCUGCGGUUGGCCUCCAGAGGGCGGCAUCCCCUAACUAAUGUUAUGAACUCAUUUGCUGGGGAAUGCUGUGCCAGAUUGUGCCAGGGACUCCCCUAACGUGAGUUUAUUUAAUCCUCAAAAAAAGAAAAAAAGGCUUAUUCUUUUUUACAGACCAUGAAAUGAAGGCUCAGGGGGUGAUGGGACUGAGCAAAAUCAUUCAGCAAUAAAUGUGAGAACCAGGACUCAACUAUGCCCUUUGAGCUCAGGAGCUGUAUUCUUGUUGAUCAGCUCCCACAGUCCUGUCCUCACUGGGGAAGGGGGUAGCUGAAACCUCCAAGUCCAGCCUCUUCGUCAUCCAGAUGGGGAAACUGAGGCCCAAAGACUUUAAGGGACUCAUGCACGGGUAAGUGGCAAGGCCAGCCCAAGAACCCAGGCCUCCCAACACCCGCCCCGCCCCCAACCCAGGCUCAAGCAGGACCCACUGGCCUCCCUCUGGGGUGGCCCCUCUAUAUCCUGCACAGGUGGGAGGAAGUGGGCCAUUGGUGGGGGCUUCAGCUCUAGGAAAUAUUAGACUGGGGGCCACUACUGAUCUUGAGUAAGUUCUGCCCUCCUCUGGGAGUCACUUUAAUCACCUGUGAAAUGGGAGCAGGGCUUGGAGGUCAGUCUGAGGGACCUGGACACACAGACAUGACCAGAGCAGAGAAGGAAAUUGCCUGCAUAGCCCCUGAUCAUUCCUUCUCCCUCCUCCAGGAAACUUCAGCCCUACCUCUGCCCCCAGUCCAAUUCGACCAUGCCCAAAGGAUCCCUUCCUCUAAAGCUUCUCUGUGGCCUGGCUGUGUGACCAGGAAAAGGUGCUAAACCUCUC